AUGAGGUCAGUACCUAAGAACUACCAGCAUGUCCUGGCCUUGGCAUUUGCAGUAAAAGAGAUCAAUGAGAACCCACAAAUCCUACCUAAUAUCUCCCUGGGGUUCCAUAUUCUCAAUAGCUACUACACAGCAAGAAUGACCUUCAAGGCCACCCUCAACCUUCUUUCCACACAACACAGGUUUGUCCCCAACUUCAAGUGUCACACCCAUAGUAAUGUGAUAGCUCUCAUUGGAGGAUGCUUCUCUGAAACUUCUGCCAAUAUGGCCAUCUUUUCAGCAACUCAUAAGACCCCACAGCUCACCUAUGGCUCAUUUUUGCCAUCACAAGGUACUGAAAAGCAAAUACCAUUUUUGUACCAGCUGGUCCCUAGAGAAGCCCAACAAUACAUGGGAGUCAUGCAAAUGCUUCAGCACUUUGGAUGGACAUGGAUUGGGCUCCUGGCUGUGAACGAUGACAGAGGAAACAAGUUUCUACAGACCAUGGUACCAAUGCUUUCCCAGCAUGGCAUCUGUGAUGCUUUCACAUUCAAAAUUCCAAAAUGGGAUUAUGUGGAUGAAAUUAUUGACUAUACGUUAAACAACUGGGAUAGCUAUGAAAACAUCAUUAAGAGCAAAGCCAAUGUUUUCUUUGUCUAUGGAGAACCUCCAUCUUUCCAGAUAUUGAGAUUGUUGCUCUUUUCAGCACCCUUCUUGGAUUUGCCCCCCAUGAAUAAAUUGUGGGUUAUUACAUCCCACUGGGAUUUUGCAUCAUUUUCUUUCCAAAGGAAUUGGGAUAUGCAAACAUUCCACGGUUCCAUAUCCUUCACUGUUCACUCAGAUCAGCCAUUCAGAUUCCAGAAGUUUGUCCAAACAAUAAAUCUUUCCUGGGCAAAAGGGGAUGGUUUCAUCAAAGACUUCUGGCAACAAGCAUUCAACUGUUCCCAAGAAAAGUCUGAAAUGUAUGAAACCUGCACAGGGGAUGAGAAGCUAGAGACUGUUCCUGGAAGUUUUUUUGAAAUGAACAUGACUGGACACAGUUAUAAUGUCUACAACGCUGUCUAUGCUGUGGCACAUGCUUUGCAUGCUGCAUAUGAAUCUGGCUCCAAACACAGAAGAUCACUAGAAAGAGGGAGACUUGCUAUUCAGAAUGUGCAACCAUGGAAGCUCCAUCACUUUCUAAAUAGCAUUUCAUUCAAUAACAGUGCUGGACAGCUUGUGCACUUCAAUGAAAAUGCAGAACUGGUUGCAGGGUUUGAUGUCACAAACUGGUUGAUACAUCCAAAUGGCUCAGUUGUUAGAGUCAAAGUUGGAAGACUGGAUCUACAGGGUUCUUCAGGCAAUAAAUUGAGCAUUAAUGUUGACCAAAUCAUUUGGCAUCACAGUUUUAAUCAGAGCCUGCCUCUUUCUGUGUGCAAUGACAACUGCUAUCCAGGUAGCAGCAGGAAAAAGAAGGACACAGAGCCAUUUUGCUGCUAUGACUGUGCUGCAUGUCCAAAAGGAAUGAUCUCCCACAAGAAUGACAUGGAUGCCUGUGUCAAAUGUCCAGAAGACCAGUAUCCCAACAACGAACAAACCCAAUGCAUUCUGAGGGAUCUGAGCUACCUCUCAUAUGGAGAAUCUCUGGGGAUUGUCUUGACUUUCUUAGCUAUUUGUUUCUCAUCCAGCACAGCUUUGGUGCUUGGAAUUUUUCUCAAGCACAAGGACACCCCCAUAGUCAAAGCCAACAACAGAAGCAUCACCUACAUCCUCCUCAGCAGUCUCCUCCUCUGCUUCCUCUGCCCCUUGCUCUUCAUUGGGCAACCUGGAAAGGUGACCUGCCUUCUCCGACAAAUGGUUUUUGGCAUUAUCUUCUCUGUGGCCCUUUCCAGCAUCUUGGCCAAAACUAUUACUGUAGUUCUGGCAUUUGUUGCCACCAAGCCAGGGUCCAGCAUGAGGAAAAGGAUGGGGAAAGGACUGGGCAAUUCCAUUUCUCUUUCUGGUUCCUUGAUUGAAGCAGUCCUUUGUAUGCUUUGGCUAAGCAUAACACCUCCAUUUCCAGAUGUGGAUGUGCAUUCACUGGAUGACCAAAUCAUUCUGGAAUGCAAUGAGGGCUCUGCUCCCAUGUUUUAUUGUGUCUUGGGCUAUUUGGGAAUCCUGGCUAUAGUUAGUUUCAUUGUUGCUUUCCUAGCCAGGAAGUUACCUGACAGUUUCAAUGAGGCCAAGUUCAUUACUUUCAGCAUGCUGGUCUUCUGCAGUGUGUGGUUGUCCUUUGUUCCAGCCUACCUGAGCACAAAAGGGAAGUAUGUGGUGGCUGUGGAGAUCUUUGCCAUCUUGUCAUCCAGUACUGGGCUACUGGGUUGCAUCUUUGGCCCCAAAUGCUACAUUAUUGUUGUCAGGCCUGAGCUGAACAACAGGGAACACCUAAUAAGAAGGAAGAAUUGA